AAACCUAGUGUCAGCAAAAAAUAAAAGCACGGGCCACCACAGAGUCGGCUGCUGCGGGGGAUUCGUCUGCCUUUAAUAGCAUGCUUUGGAGUUAGUUUCGGUAAAUUGGAGUCCGAAUCGUACCGUUCCCAGGCCGGCCGCCCGGUCGCACAACAGUUGAGUGAAAUUAUGUAAGAGUGUGCCGCGAAAGUGGGAAAAUAUGUGUCGCAUCGUGCUGGAGAUGGCUACCUGCGGCUAGGUAUACACCGACUUGUUGGUACGAGUUUCUAGCAGCGUUUUCCCAGGAUGAACCUAUACCGCACCGAUAGCGGAACCGGUGUACUCGCGCAACGACAGGUUAGUGCUGUUCCAAAGCUCCAGCAUCGCGAAUUGUGUGCAGUUUGCUCGAACGCGGUCCCGUAAAGGCACCGAUAGUUUUCGGGGUGGAAAAGCUUGAAAAGGGAACCAUUCUGCUCCUGUCUGCAUACACGCGUACACUAGAUUGCGCACUCAUACAGGUGUACCGGGAGGUCCUUCUCGUGUGCCCAGCGAGAUGCGUUGCGUAUCGCUCGCGUACGCGUGUGUAGUGGUGAGCGUAACGAGUGCACACUAUUUGGCGUACGGAGAGUGUAGAGUUGUACACACAAUCGUGCGUAACGAAGUGUAAAUAGUAUGUUUAAAAUGCACAUUUCACUUUGCACGGGCACGGGUUCAGUAGCGGGUCCGAGAGGAGUAGCGUGGUAGGAGGUGAUCGUUGAUUGCGGCUACAGCAACGGCAGCAGCAUGCUGUGGUAUUACAAACUGCUGGCCCGCCGUCCGCAUCUGGUGCUGGUGGCAGUAGGCAUCUUCUCCGUGGCCUGCAUUGUCGUCGCCCUCUGCACCCGGAAGCUGCCCGACUUCGAUGAUCCAACACUGGGCUUCGAGGCACGCGGUACUUCGAUUGGCAAGCGCUGGACCGCGUGGCGCAAUUUGCUGGAGGAAACAAGCCUGUCUGGGCGCUUGGUGGCGAAUCCGAAGGAGCUAACACUCGGCAUGAACAAUCACUUCCCCCACCAAAGGCUGCCACCAGUUGCGGGAGACGGAAGUUUCCGCAAGCGCCGAAAGAACAAAGGGAAAAAGAAAACGCCGAACACUGUAGACGGCGAGGACACGGGCAAAGCGCACGGCAAGCUGAACAAAAACUUACGCAUCUUGAAGGAGCUGUAUCACAACCAAAGUGCGACCAACGGGGAGAUCAUUAGCUUCGAGGAGUAUGACAACGAGACGAUGCCACACCGUGGCGGACGGCAGGAGGUGUGGGAGUAUGGCCGGAACCAGUCCUACUACACGGAGGAGGUGGGCAACAAAACGAUGGAAAAGAAGCGGGCCAAGUGGGACACGCUGCGCCGGUUAAAACCGCCCCCGGAACCGAUUGAGACGCACAUACCUUCGGAUGGGUUUUUCUGCGAAUCGCCAAACAAAGAGUACGCACACCUGGUGGUGCAGCGGAUCAACCACAACCUGAACGACAGUCUGUUCGAGCUCAAUGCGUUCCUGGCGCUGUGUGAGCUCGAGCAGAGGAUCUUUCGCGUGGAUCACUACGGUGACAUUUGCCAGCGGGAGCUCACGUCCGAGGAGUGUUGCCGCCCGUGGUCGAUCGUAAACUACGUGACGUUUCUCUCCAACAAAACGUCCUGCUUCGAGCUGAACGAGGAGGACGUGGCGAUGGUGAAGACGCUACUGUACGACUGCUUUUCGUACUAUCAAACGAUGAAGCUGAGCAACGACUGCACGCAGUCGAGCUGUUUUGCGCCGAGCGAGUGCAAGCAGCAUAAUGCCGUCUACAACAUACUGCACUAUCUGGCGAACGUGGAUUUUAUCCGGCAAAAUGAGUCGGCCGAAUUCCUCAACGCAACCAUGAUCUUUCUUCCGAUCGCGAGAAGCAUAAAAUCGAUGGAAUUUUAUCACAGCUUAAGCAAAGUCAAUCUUGCCAACGAUCUCGUCUCGGUAGUUGCCAUGGAUAUGGGUCUGAAAAAUGCGCUGUUUGACGAGUGUUUGCUGCGCGACGGUUGGCUGCUCGGCCUGGGCGGCAUAUUUGUCGUACUCUGCAUGUGGCUGUACACCGGCUCACUGUUUGUCACGCUCAUGACGGUGACAGCGGUUGCAUUUUCACUAGGAAUCGCUUACUUCAUCUACUCCUUCAUAUUCGAGCUUACAUUCUUUCCCUUCAUGAACCUGCUAGCUGUCAUCGUGGUGGUAGGCAUUGGGGCAGACGAUGCAUUUAUUUUCCUGAAAAUAUGGCAAUGUACCAUCGCCGAGCGGUUAAAGUGUGGUGGCGGAAUUGUCAUACCGAUUGCUCCGUCCACCGCGUCCUGCAAUUCAGAGGCCAGUGGGAGUGCUGCCCGCGGAGAAUCGGAUACGUUGGUGGAGAUCAUGGGCAGCACGCUGCGGCACGCGGCACUAUCCAUGCUGGUAACCUCUCUGACGACGGCGGCCGCGUUUUAUGCGUCCUACGUUAGCUCCAUCACGGCUGUUAGGUGUUUUGGUAUUUUCUCCGGUACGGCCGUUAUGGCAAACUACUUCCUAAUGGUCACGUGGCUGCCCGCUGCCGUAUCGAUCGCAGAACGACUGUCUUGCCUAAUGCUGCUGAAACCGUUUGGUCGCGUCUCCCACCGGUGCACGAUCCCUUUCAUAUCGAUAGCGCAGCUAAGCAGGCGUGUUGAGGAAACCAUUAUCGAUCUGAUAGUCAAUCUGCCCUGGCUGUGGGUCACCCUGCUCGGUACGGUCGGGAUUAUGAGCGGAGUGUUGGUACUACACUGGCCGAAGCUUCGGCUGCCGGACUCUCCAGACUUUAAGCUAUUCAUCAGCAAUCACCCGUUCGAGCGGUAUGACAGUGAGUACCGGGAUAUGUUUUGGUUUGAGAAGAUGUACUCUGCGACCGAAUCGUUUAAAAUCCCGCUACGCUUCGUCUGGGGCGUGCAGCCCGUCGAUCGGGGCGAUUUGCUCGAUCCGGAGCAGCGGGGCGCGCUGUACUUUGACGAAUCGUUCAACAUGAGCGCACCGGAAUCGCAACAGUGGCUGCUCCAGUUCUGCCGACGGAUAAAGAACCAAACGUUCUACAGCGAGAGCAAAGGGUUGCUGGUGCCGAACUGCUUCAUCGAAAACUUCAUCGAGUGGAUGCGGCGCCGCUGCAACGACACCAUGGGCGAAAUCGACCGAACGCCCUGCUGUGAGGUGUCGCCCUUUCCCUUCACGCCCGACAUUUUCGACCAGUGCUUGCCGGAAUCGAUACUGUCCCUGUACGAGACGCCGAGGCAAUUCUUUGUGCCGGGCGUUGCGGGACCAAAGUUUGCCCGCAGCUCGUUUCUUGUGGCGGGUGAACCGCUCGAGCGGAUCUCACCCAAACCGAACGACACGGUGGUGAAGGCGGUCGUGAUUGAGUUCGAAAGUACGCAGAUAUUUACGAUGUCCUACACCGAGAUUGAUGCGUUCGUGCGCACAGUGGAGCGCUGGCUGGCGGAGCAGCUGCGCGACGCACCACCGACGAUGGCCAACGCGUGGUUUACCAGUGAGCUGGAAUUUUUCGACCUGCAGGACACACUGUCGACCGGCACGAUGGUGGCAAUCGCGAUGGCGAUGGCAGUGGCCCUGCUGGUGCUGAUGCUCGUGACGCUCAAUGUGCUGAUCAGUCUGUACGCGAUCGUAACGGUGACGCUUACGAUCCUCACCACCGUGGCGGUACUGGUGCUGCUGGGCUGGAAGCUAAACGUGCUAGAGAGCGUGGCCGUCAGUACGGCGAUCGGGCUGGCCGUCGACUUUAGCCUGCACUACGGCGUGCACUACCGGCUGUCGACCGAGCCGGACCGCCGCUCGUCGACACGAUUUUCCCUGCAGCGCAUGCUCGGCCCAACGGCAAUGGCCGCCAUCACAACCGGUAUUGCCGGUGCGCUGAUGCUGCCCUCCAGCGUGCUGGCGUACAUACAGAUCGGGGUGUUUCUCGUGAUCGUCAUGUCGAUCAGCUGGCUGUACGCGACCUUUUUCCUGAUGAGCCUGUUGCGGCUGAUCGGACCGCAGUACGGGUUCGGCCAGUUUCGCUAUCCCAAGCUGCGGUCGGGGUUGCGCAGCAGCGAUGGUUGCAAGGCGACCGCCCAGCUCGACACGGCCGGAGCGCGACUGGGCCACCAUCACUCGUUUCACAUGUCGCACCAUCACCAGGGCGGCGUCGUGACCGAACAGCUCCUGUCCAACUCGAGCUCGACGGCCGGCGAUCUGGUCGGGUCGGAAUCGCACGAGCUCGACUCGCUGACGUCGAACUCGAUCAUCAAGCCGAUCAACCUGGACAUUGCGAGACCGAUCAACUUCGAUCGCGCGUUCAAGAAAAAGUAUUCACUGCCCCGCGAGCAGAGUCCUUCCACGGCCAGUGCCAUAACGAUGGUGCUGCCGGAUGACGUAGAUUUGAGGGGUGGCCAGUAGGGAGCACUGUAGCCGAUGCUGCUGACUAGCAGCGGGACAAUUUCCGGAACACCGGGAAGCUACAGUUACAGUUUUUAACCAGUACUUAAGCAGAUGUGUAAUAGAGUUUUAUCUAGGGAUUAACAGCAAUAGGAGCUUGCACAUUGUCAAAUGCGUAGUUGAGUGGUGGAUUGGUGUAUCUGUGUUUUGUUUUACCCUUUAUUGAGCUUCCAUACAACCAGUCGUUUUCCCGUGCCAAAUAGCAUUUAUGGAUAUGGAACUUAGUACUUAGUAGUUGGUAGCAGUUGAUAGAAUUAAACACGUUUACACCCCUGCGCGUUUGCAUGAGGACUUCAGGGGUUCAGCUUAAUGGAUGUUUUUAAAUGGCCGUUGCUUGUGCCGAAACGGAUCUUAACGUAGAGGAAUAGUUUUUAACAAUAACCGCUGUCUUUUGGCAGCCCGUCAUGCUCACAAUCUGACACCGCCAGCCGUCUGGUAGCAAUUAGCAAUCGCGCAAACCGAUCUCAGGUGAGCGACCAAGUCAACCGGGGACAGAGGACGCCACGACACUUUCUUUGGUCUGCAUACCGCCAUCAACCAUUACGAUGGUAGGGGAAGCUCCAGAGGUGGGGGUAGCAGGUAUUUUAAGUGUAGAAAAUUAUUACAACCACACAAUGGUUGAUUUCUCUAGGAGUGGCCCCCCGAGUCGAUCGGCGGCCCCAAUCUUACUGUGUACAGGCACGGAUGCAACGAACGGAAGAAAGAUGCGUU